CGAUGAACGGGGCGAUGCGCAGCCCGGUGGCCGCCGUCAUGCAGGAGAGCUUCGGCUGCGCCGUCGCCAAUCGCUUCUACCAGCUCCUGGACGACGAGUCGGACCCCUUCGACCUCCUGCGCGAGGCCGAGCGCCGCCGGCGGCAGCAGCAGCAGCGCAAGAAGCGCGACGAGGCGGCGGCCGCGGGCAGAGCCGGGCCGGGGGAACGAGCCGUGCCGGGGGGCGGCAGGAAGGAGAGCCAGAAGGAGCGCAGGCAGCCGGGGGGCUCCGCCACCGCCACCGCCGAGCCCCCGCAGACAGGCCUGAAGCAAGCACCUCGGCGGGGAGAGCAGCAAGGGUUCAGUAACAGGGGAGCAGAGGGGAAGCAGGACAAGGCUGAAUGGAGACCAUCUCUCAGGGAAUACCGUCCUGAUGGAACACAAAGACAGGUGGAGUUCCAAGUGGAGAAAACAAAAAAUCUGACUAAUUGUCAUCUUUGCAGACCGGUGGAGAGAAUAGACUAUGAAAGACCAGUAAGAGGCCGUGGUGGAGGACGAGGUGCAAUGCGAAGCAGAGGAAGAGGUGGUAGAAUAAACAGAAGUUUUGAUGGCUUUGACCAAAGAGGAAAACGAGAAUUUGAAAGGCAGAGUGGGAGUGACAAAACUGGGAUGGAACAGGCUGCACCUAUGGAAGAGACUGUAGAAACUGCUGAACAGCCAGGGACGUCUGAAGGAGAGCCCCUGAGCAAAGCUGCUGAAGCAGAGCCAGUGGAAGAAGUAGUUCAAGAAAUGACAUUAGAUGAGUGGAAAAGUCUUCAGCAACAGAACCGACCAAAGCCUGAAUUCAACCUGCGGAAGCCAGAAUCCACUGUCCCUUCCAAAGCAGUGGUGAUUCACAGGUCAAAAUAUAGCGAUGAUUUGCAAAAAGGCGGCCUUGAAGAUGAUUCUCAUGUCUUUCGGAAACCCGUGAAUGACAUCACAUCUCAGCUGGAUAUCAAUUUUGGGAGCCUCCCUCGCCCUGGCCGUGGAUCAAGAGGAGCACGAGGCGGUCGUGGCCGUGGCAUAAGAUCUGAAGAGAUCAGACCUCAAUCAAAAGUAGUGGUGCAGCCUGUUGCUCCAAAUCCUGAUGAUCCUGAGGAUUUUCCAGCUUUGGCUUGAAGAACCGUCACGAGUGGCGGCAUCCCAAAGUAGCUCUGGAGUAGCUGUGAAGAGACCAGUUUUGUGCUGAUGGGGAUAAAGAAAGCCUGUUUCCCUCUGGAAAAGUUGUUUAGGUGUUUGGUGUGAAAUGAUUGCAGCUGCCUGCUAGUAGAGUGGGGCCCUAGGAAUGUGGAUGGCCUGGGAUCCUGUCACGGGUCCCGGUGUCUGCCUUCCUUUGUGAGAACCGAGGGAAGGCUCACAGGGCUUCACUACCAGGCUUCAAAUGGAGUUAAAGGGAACAGUGCUUUCAAAAAAAAAACACGUGUAUAUAAGAGAUUCUAUCAAGUUCCUCGUGACACUGAGGUGAAAUGUG